GAGAACACCUAGAGUUGAAUCUGGCUUUGGAGCUAGUGGCAAUGGGGGGGUUAGAAGAUGAGAGCAUGGGAGAUUAGGCUCCUCUCUGCCAUGAUGGAAUACGUGGGAUUCUGUAGCCUUCAGCUGAAGGAAACAUAAUCUAUUUACGCUCUGCACUGUUGCUAGGUCUACUCGAAGUAUACCGAUACCUAGCAACAAGAUAUGGAGAAGCGCACAGCGUGUAUACGCGAGAGGUUUACUCUUUUCAUUCCGAUGUCCUGGCGACGACGGUUACCCCAAUUCAUAUACUCGCACUGUCUACUAGCAGCAUGCCAUUUAUCUUCCAACGAACAUGAGGUUGUUGUCCUGAACAACGAGAGUCAGACUCGCCAUAGUCGCGGCAUCUCUAUUGUGUCUGACCGAUAUAAUAAGCCGAUUAAAGGCAUUGAUUGGGUAAUUAAGGCGCUUAAUCAUUCUACUAAAUAUUGCUGCUCUGUUGUGGUAAAGGUCUGAAGAAUGUAAGUCUGAGUAGGUCCUACCAUUUAUCAAUAAGGAUGCCUUCAAUCUUUG